UGCGCCUGAGAAGCCGCAACCGUACCGUUGUGCGAGUGGUCGUAUUAGCAUUAUUAGGGGCACGAUUUACUCACAAAUUUAUAAUAAUGACCGAAGUGAGGAAAGACGAUGUUAUAAAAAUUCUCCAUACCUAUCCUCUUUGUAGAAAAUGUGAUAUGUCUGAUGAGAUGAAACAAGAGGCAAUGGAAUUAUGUGUGACUGCGGCUGAGAAGUAUGCAGACAACUAUGAGAGUGUUUCUCGAAUGAUUAAGGAAACCAUGGACAAGAAAUUUGGUGCAUCAUGGCAUACUGUCGUUGGAGAAGGCUAUGGUUUUGAAAUCACUUAUCAAUUGAAACACCUUCUGUAUAUGUACUGUGCCGGCAAUUUAGCAAUAUGCAUAUGGAAAUCUGCAUAGUGCAGCUUUGGCUAUUGAAAUGAAUGUAACAGAUUGUAUGUGUAAAAUUAUUUUCUUGUGAAUAUAUGUCAAAUGAAUUUACAAUAUUAUAUGUAUUAUAAGUCACAUGAUAUAUAAGGAGAAGAAUAGGGAAUAUGUCAAUGUCUUAUAAACGUGGGUCCAAUAUGUGUUUAAUUUAAACGUUUUAUGUUGUCAUAAUUAAAUGUAAUUAUCAGCAAAA